CGGGCGAAGAGUUUGAUUUUGAAAAAGUGGAACUCAUUAGAGGACAGACACCCCAUGAUAUCAAAGAGCGGUGUUUGCAGUUAUGUAGAGAUUAUUUGGCACACAAUUGGAUCCAACAAACCGUUGACUCAAUACAAGUCCGAAGAAUUACUGGGGUUAUACUAUUGUGGAGUCAAUGAGCCCUCACUUACAUCCACUGCACCUCAAGAGGUGGCCAUCAGAUUGUAUGGCAAUAAAUGGUAUAACAAUCUGAAUAGUGAUGGAAAUGAGAGAUCGAAAGAUAGGAGAAGUGAACGCCUGAGUGAUGUCAUCACAUCUGUGAUGCUAUCGGAGACACAAUUGGGACCAAAAAUAUACGGACUCUUCGAAGACGGACAGAUCCUACACUACUAUCAGCACCGACAGUUCAAACUCGAGGAGCAAAACAACCCAAAACUGGUUGAGGAACUGUUCCGAAAGAUC